AUGAUGCUACCCCACAUACUUUUCUCAUGCAUUUAUUCAAGCUACCCAGCCACGUGGAAGAAAUCCAUUUGUCCGAGUGUGGAAACAUUGGAGCAGUUUUGGAAUGCUAUGUUGGAGAGCAAGAACCCCAAUGUUACAAGUGCCAUCACAAGAAAGAAGAAUUGGAAGCAGCGGUGUAUACCACUUGCCUGUCACGGGGACGGGGUCCCCGUGACAGGCCUGGGGAAAACCUGGGUCCAAACAGUAACCAACUUUUCAUGGUUCAGUCUCCUCACCACCGGUUCCUCCACAAUGGAUGCACUUUUCUUUAUAUACUCUAUGUACGACAAAAUGAGAGCCGAUGCGAAGGACUUGUCCGGAACUGCACACUAUGUGCUCCAGCUGCUGCGAUGGAGCUUCGAGAUUCUCUUUAAAGGUGUGUGGCCUUCAGCUGACCAUUUUGGCCAGGUGUACCCCGAGGACUCCCCCCAAGGGCGAAAAGCCGGCAAACAGAUCGCUGGCGGAUUCUGCGGCACUUUAUUUUCCGUGGUUGGUGACCUCGAUUACUAUGCGAGUGUAUUGGACCUGCCACGGUCGACAUCGGCAUCGUCACCGUGCUGUAGGUGCCAGGCGACGAAAUACGGACACUUGAGCUGGCAAAACUACCACCCUAAUGCACCGUGGAAAGCCACGGUGUACAGUCCCAGUUCCUGGCGGGGGCUGCCAGCUGCGGAAAAGUCCACCUGCCCACUCUUUCAUAUGAGUUCCACCAGCAUCUGCAAUUUGGGGUUUGACUACAUGCAUUGCAAGUAUUUGGGGCAGGACAGAAAGCUGUACUCCUCCGUCCUUUUCCUUUUGGUUUUUUAUGUGCUCAAUCUCGGCAGCCCAGAGGCGAACAUGGACUGGGUUUGGUCGCAAAUCCAGAUCCACUACCGAACCUUUGGUACGGAAUCGCGGUUUCUUUACCUGAACAAGGUCUCAAUGUUUUUCAGGGCCAAGGUCCGUGCUUUGGGCCUUCGAGGCAAGGCGGCCGAGGUUCGAUCUUUGGCGAAGCCGCUAUUCUUGAUAUGGGCGAGCACAAUGAAUCACUCCGUCGAGCUUCACCGGAAAGUCCAUUUGCUCUUGAAAUUGAACAACAAGCUGGAGGAGAUUUUGGCGGAGAACAAGUUCCAGUUCACCUUGUCAGCAGCAGAUGCCGCCGCUUUCAGGGACUCAAUGAAUGGAUUUUUACUUCUGCAAGAGCAGCUGUCCCAACACUUCAGCAACAGCAACCAUGAUCCACCCCUCUUCUCCACGACGGAGAAGUGUCACUUCUUGCAGCACAUUGCACUGGAGUCUCGGAGCAUAAACCCACGUCUUCUAUGGUGUUUCUCUGGCGAGGACUUUCAGCGACGGGUUCAAAGAAUAACUGCAGCUUGCGCCAGAGGGCAAAAGCCAGGGCAGGCCGAGGUGAAGAUGUGCCAGCGAUACCGAAUCGCACUCCACCUCCGUUUCCGAAAGCAUGAGCUGUGA